CGGAGUGUAGCAGAGGGAGGGAGAACAGCGACUCGGUUAUUCACGGACCCCUAACAGAAGGAACCAGGACCAGAACCGAACAAGGCAGCCUCAAACAGUUAACACCGAUCAUGGACUUCCAAUCCCGGGGAGCGAGCGGCGGAGCGGCGGUCAGACUGGAAGCUGCUGACUUUGGUCCCCUCCCGGGUUUGUGGCCCCCUCUCGUCCUCUGAAGCCGGCGGAGGAACUUCACCGGAAGCCCCGGAGAGGCGCAGCCGGACACUGGCUCAAUAGACUCGGUGUAUGAGAAUCAUAAAGGAAGCGGAGCGCAGCGGGAAGGAUGCGGAGCUUAUCCUCGCUGUGUGCGCAGCACUGUGCGUGGAGCCAAGCGGAGCGAGUCGGCGUGAACAGGGGAGACUUUCUACUUUUCUGAAGGUUUGCGUGUGAAGCCACAAUGGUGUUUUGUUGAGGAACUGUCAUCAGGUCAUGACGUGAUGAUCCCCAGGAAUGCAUGCGACUUCAUCAAUCCUCAGCACCACGCUCUGAAUUCUGCUUUGUGAGCCAAUGAAAAAAAUGUGAUGGACUUUAUGAACCAGUUCAGAAAUGGGUGGGUGUGGGUGAAGGAAUAACAUCCAUUAGUGUAUUCCCAUUUUUUGGGGAACCUCAGGACAACCAAUUACUGAGGAAUUGCUGAGGACUUUUUGCAGCACCAGGAUGGACACAGUACAUAGAUCUUAUGAUUCCUCAGCUGGAAUUUCUGAUUCUUAUUAUUUCAUUAAAUUAUAUAGUUACUUUCUCUGAUGUUGCUGUAUUGAUUCAUAUGAAAUGGAGAUACUGUGGCGUUUAUGGAGUAAGGACUGGACCUCCUUAGUAAGACCAUGGAUUCCUAUACUGUUAGGCCUUCAUCUCCAGUUUUCACGAGCCUCUAACUGUCCCGAAGAGUGCCGCUGUGACCGGACCUUUGUUUACUGCAAUGAGCGGAGCUUGACCUCAGUGCCUCUGGGAAUCGGUGAGGGCUACAAGACCAUUUACCUACACAAUAAUCAGAUCAAUAAUGCCGGCUUUCCGCUGGAGCUACACCAUGUGGCCUCUGUGGAAACUGUGUAUCUCUAUGGUAACCAGCUUGACGAGUUUCCAGUUAACCUGCCAAAAAAUGUAAGAGUUCUCCAUCUGCAGGAGAACAACAUUCAGACCAUCUCUCGGGCAGCUCUGGCUCAGCUUCUUCGACUGGAGGAGCUGCAUUUGGAUGAUAACUCCAUUUCUACUGUUGGAGUGGAAGAAGGGGCAUUUAGGGAAGCCUUGAGCCUAAAGAUGCUCUUCUUGACCAAAAACCACCUGAGCAGUGUGCCUAUUGGUCUCCCAGAUGACCUGAAAGAGCUAAGGUUGGAUGAGAAUCGGAUUGCGGUCAUUGCAGAGGAAGCAUUUCAGAAUGUCACCCGGCUGGAACGCCUGCUGUUAGAUGGGAACUUGCUAACAGAUGAAGGGAUCUCACCUGGGACUUUUCAAGACCUGGUCAUCCUGAGAGACCUGUCUCUAGCACGAAACUCAUUAACUUACCCUCCCCCGCUCCUUCCUGGGGAGAUGCUUGUUAAGUUAAACUUUCAGGAAAAUCAGAUAACCAAGAUCCCUGUGAAAGCUUUGGCAGAUCUGCACAGGUUAGAGAAGUUAGAUCUUUCUAAUAACCAGCUGCAGUCACUGGUGACGGGAGUCUUUGAUGGGCUUGGGAGUCUCAGGCAGCUCACUGUCCGGAACAACCCGUGGCUCUGUGAUUGCGGCAUGCAUUGGGUGGUGUCAUGGCUCAAAUCUCUUCCUGCAUCAUUGAAUGUGCGUGGGUUCAUGUGCCAUAAACCUGAAAAGUUCCGAGGUAUGGUGAUCAGAGAGCUGAGCGCUGACCUGGUCCACUGCACAGAGCCUGCUUCUACAUUUGGCACUGCUAUGAACGCAACCAUUUCCAUUUCAACAGACUUCCCUUUGGUUACUCGACAUGUUUCCUCCUCAAAACGGCCCCUAACCACACUGCCCACCCUCUACACCAUCUACACAACCAGGGAGGAUGGACUGCGGACUAAGCAGCCUCUACAGGUUACUUUCACAAUCUUAAAUGGGUCGGAUAUCCAUGUACGCUGGUUGGCUUCUUUUCCAGUCACUGCCUACAAGGUGACCUGGGCCAGGAUGGAGCCCAGUCUGACCGGAGACACGGUCAGAGAGAGGAUAGUGGGUGGGGAUCAUCGAGGGAUCCGACUGACUAAUCUUGAACCCAAGUCCACGUAUCGGAUCUGCGUUAUUCCCUUGGAUGCUUUCAAUAAUUACAGGCCCAAGGAUGACACUCUGUGCACCGAGGCUGUGACAACUGCAGCCUUUUUCAGCCCAGAUAACAACAACAGAAGACGCUUUGGGCCCGAGCAGGCAACACAGCCAGAGUCUGGCUCGCCACUCCUUCUGGCUGGGCUCAUCGGUGGGGCUGUGAUUGUGGUGCUGGUGGUCCUGCUCAGUAUCUUCUGCUGGCACAUGCACAAGAAGAGUCGCUCAGAGUGGAAGUACAACCGGGGACGUAGAAAAGACGAUUAUUGUGAGGCUGGCACCAAGAAAGACAAUUCCCUCCUGGAAAUGACUGAAACAGGCUUCCAGAUAGUGUCGCUCAACAAUGAGCAGCUCCUCAAGGGAGAUUUCCGCAUUCAGCCAAUCUACAGCCCUAAUGGAGGAGUCAGCUUCAGAGACUGCCCCCCAGUGACCACCACCACAAUGUACUGCAAGAAUAACGUUCAGGACCACGAUUCAUGAUGGUUCUAGAAAACCAUCAGGAGUUUCCUAAAACUGUUCGGACAUUUUUGAACUCUGUAAAGUUAAAAUGAUUUAAAAGUUGUCUUCAAAAUUGUAAUUUAUACAACUGACUUGACCAUCUCUUUUACAUAACAUUGUUGGAUUUAUAGGUUGUUGUUUUUUGGAGUAGUGAUGUUGCAGUUCUGUGCACAAACGCAUAUAAAAAAAUAUUUUUUUUUCUUAAGAA